UCGCCUUAUGCUUCGGCAUGCUAACACUUUCUUACACCCAUGAUGUCAAAUGCAAGCGUGUAUUUUUGUUGCUUAUUUCUGUCAGCUACAUGCCUCGUCCCACAAUCGCGCACUUGCAGACAAGCCAUCUUAUACAGGGAGAUAUAAGUCUGUAAUAUUCAUAAAUCGAUCCUCUCGCAGGAAUGCAAAAGGCAGGCUGCAAACAAGGCACGUAAAAUGACGUAUCUUGUUCAUUCAUGUGAAAGCUGCAGGGUUGCAAUUUAACAAAAUGACCUCGGUUUACGCGCAGCACGCUUUAUUUGAAAGCCUAAAACGUUGCAUGAAAACGAGCACUGUUUCGAGCGAGGCGUAUCUGCGAAAUGCCGUAUAUAUAUUGGGCUCACGCUUAACUGUCUCCCCUCCGGAUCAGUGGUACAGUCUCACAGAUUUCAUUCAUAAAAAUCUGCCUCACUAUAAAGAGAAGCGGCGUUGAUGGUUGGUGCCUCCUAGCGUAGUAACCUCAAUCUAGAUAUAAAAAAAAAAACGAAGAAUAGCAUUCGGUGACAUUAGUCACAUUUUAAUCUGGUUCCCAGCAUCUCCUGGAGCGAUCUAGCAGAAGUGAUGCCUAAAAACGCGAGUGUUUCUCAGGUGUCUGCAGAACAGCUGCUGCACACAUCAGCUUCUGAGAUGAAGGAUACGCAGACAGGUAUUCUGAAGGAUGCUGGUGCUCCCUUUGUUCCAACGGUCACUGCUGUAGCUUCAGCUCCAGAUCUCAAGUGGAUGGUCCUGUCGACUGACAUCUCUUCAGUGUCGCCCUGCAGACACGAGAAACCACAGAGCUCAUCUCACUCCACAGAUGCCAAACCGACUCGAAAGACCUUCGCUGGACGGAGGAAGGGGGUGAAAGAUCAGCUUUCUCCAGAGGAAGAGGAGAGAAAGAGGAUCAGAAGAGAAAGGAACAAACUCGCAGCCGCGAAGUGUCGAAAUCGCAGACGAGAGCUAACCAACAGCCUCCAAGCCGAAACCGAUAGCCUUGAGGAGGACAAAGCGGCUCUGCAGUCUGAGAUCUCCAGUCUGUUAAAGGAGAAAGAACGGCUCGAACUCAUCCUCUCGGCUCACAAGCCCCAUUGUAAACUCAAGGAGGAGACGGCGGCAGACAGCGAGGAGCAAACCCAAGCCCAGGAGGAGCAGAUUCAAGCUCCCAGUGCCUCCCCAGAACAGGUGCCCACCUCCCCUCAGCAGGCCGACCCCACCAGCGCCGCCAUCUUUGGCGACUCCGAUGUCCUCCUGUGCUCCAGCGCCGAACUGGGUCCCGCCGAGGUGGAGCCAUACAUCGAUAUGCGAGAUGUGUCCAUGGAAGACAUUAGCGAGGUGAUUGACAGCGGCGACGACAUGGAUCUGUUAGUGCCAGAUAUUGACCUCACUAGCUCUCUGGGUCUGAGCGAAUGGGAAACCCUGUACAUGUCGAUGGGUGGAGGGUUGGAACCUCUCAGCUCUCCGUCAUGCAGCCCCAGCUGCAGCAGCACCAGCGCCGUGCCCGUCUUCAGCUUCAGCAAUGCAGACAUGGAGAAGCAUGACAGUGGGAAAGAAGGGAAAUCUAAUGCAGCCAAAGAAAUCUUGACGACUUUAUGAAGCUUCUGGCACACCAUUCUUAUAAAUAAAGGUUCCAAGAUGGGGUUUUCACAAGGGUGCUUUACUGGCAUGUACGGUUCCAUGAUGAUAUUGUCCACGCUAAGAACAUAUGGUUCUUUUAAUAGCUGGUCACUAAAAGGAUAUUUGGGGAACCCAAAAUAGUUCUUCUAUAGCAUUGCCGUGGACCUCCAACAGUUUCGGAACCUUUAUUUUUAAAAGUGCAAAAAAAAGAACCUUUCAGUUUUUAAAAAACUGUUCUUUGUUGAAAUUUAUCCACGCACAAACGUUUCUGAUAGGUAAGUGUCUUCAUAGAAGAAUUGAUGCUAAUAAUGAAUCUUUAUUUUUUAAAUAAUCAUUCUAUGGCAUUGGUGUGAAAACACCUUUUGGGUUUCCCGGGAGAACAGUUCUAUUUUUCUGUUUUUAUUAGAGCAGCACAUUAUUUUUGUGCAGUGGAAAGGUUUUGUGGAUGUUAUUUUAAAUUUCUUCACGGAACCUUAAUUGCCAAUAAAGGACCUUUAUUUUUAAGAGUAAAAUGAUCUAAGAAAGAAAGGGUGAGCUGUGAAAUAUUGUUGAAAAACCGAAAAACCCUCAUAAAAACGCUUUCAUAAAUGAGUCUGACAUGUUCAACAUUUACAAAAAAAAAAUAGUGAAUGCUGUGCAGUAGAUGUACUGUGACCCUUACAUCCAGUGAAGUCACUAUAGUCACUGUUUGUUUCUUCCAGAUGUUGACAUUGUUGAAUAUGUUGUUCAUCCUGUGAAAGACAUGCUUAUAUGCACUUUUGUACCAUGUAGGUACGUGUAAAUGUAUCAGUUGGUGUGGUGAUGUACAGUGCAGUCUGUUACACCGUGUCUUUAGUGUGUGACUAACUGUUUUUUGCUAUUGUCCAAAAAAAAAAAAUUAUAAUAAUCUGACCAUGGUGGCAAAAAAAAAAAAAUCAUUAUGCAUUUUUUUUGUUCUUCCUGCUUCCUUUUCAAUGGUCUGGCAUGUUUAUAAUAAA